AUGCAAACUAACUAUAUUGAUUGGUUUAAACUUUCAAAUUUAAUUCACUUGAUUACCAAUAAGGGUUAUAGAAUAGCUAAACAUUAUGAUUUGAUAACUUCAUUGGAGGAACAAAUUCAAUUUGAAUCAACUGAAGAAUAUGUGGAUAAGAUUUUCCCUUUGUUCUAAAAUGAAAAUUAUAAAGGCUUAGAGAAGGAAAUGUAAUCUCAUAAAAGAAUUGUACUAGAAAAUUAAUUAUAUCCUCUAAAAUUUCGAGUUAUUUAUGAAGAAGUAGAUGAUGCUAGUCCUAAUACAGAUAUCAAGCUCAAAGUAGUGAAUUAGAUAAAAGAGGAUAACAAUAAAAUUAAUACUUGGAAAUAUUAAAAGUAUGUACAAUAUUUAAGUUUCAAAAAAUCAAUUAAUUUUAUAGGUGGAAUUUUCAAAAUAUAAAAUGAUGAUAUCUAUUCAACCUUAUGUUUAUAUAUUAAGGAAAAAGAAGAAAAAUAUAUAAUAUUACCAAAAACUUAAGAUAAUAUAAAAAAUUUUCUUUACAAAAAUUAUUCUAACAAGUAAGAGGAAAAUUAUAUAAAAAGAAAAUAAUUUAUAAUAAAUUUUAUUCCUAUUAGCUCACCAAAAGUGUAUUAAAAUGAAGUAAGCACUAUAUUUAGACUUUAAACAUGCAGUUUUCAUUAACUUAUAAUUUAACCUUCUAAAAAGAAUAAUGAUGUUGUAUAAACUCCAUAUGGUAAUAAACUAAAAUAAGUUUUUUAAAAUUUUAAAUAAAAUAUUAGUUUUACUUAACAUUUUGAUAGAACAUAAUUAGAAGCUAUUGAAAAUGCUACAGAUUUUACAAAAAAGGUAACUCAUCAAUAUUAAAUAAUAGUUUACAUUAAUUGAAGGUCCUCCAGGAACAGGAAAAACCUAAACUAUUUUAGGUAUCUUAUCAAUUUUCUAGAAUUUAUUAAAAGAAUCUAGGAAUUAGGAUUAAAAAGAUAUAAUUUUAAUUUUGGGAAAAUCCAAUGGGAUUGUUAAUGAUUUAGUGAGGAAAAUAAAUAAAAGUAUAUAAACUCAAAAUUCAAUAAUAAAUUGUUUAAAUGAAGAACCGAAUUAUCUUAAAGUUCUUCGAUAUGGAAGACCAGAUUUAUGUGAAAAUGAUAUAGCUAGAUAUAGUGUAGAGAUAAGAUCCUAAUAAAAAUUCUUUUCUUUAUUUAGAGAUAAUGUUAAUAAAAUUUUUAAUUAAUUUAUCACAAAAUAAAUAAGUGAUUUAUUAAAAAAAGAGUAAAUUUAAGAUUUUAAAUCUUUUUUGAAAGAUAUUGAUGAAUAGAAUGACACUUUAGAACCAUAAAUAAGUCUAGUUUAGUUAAUGAAAUAUAUUGAACAUUUAAAUUUUCGAACAACGAAUGCAAAAAUAUUGAAGUCUUUUGGACAUGUUUAUAAAGAUUUACGUAAGAUUUUGAAAGCUAAGCAAGAUAGAUAUAUAAAAAUAGAAGGAAAUUUAUUUUAAUAUGUAAAAGAUAAUUAUUAAUAAUAGCGCCAUAUUAUAGCAUCAACAUUAAAUAGUUGUUGUCAUAAGAAAUUGAAAUAUGCAUUAGAGAAUGCGAAAUUGAGAAUGUGUAUAAUUGAUGAGGCACCAACAGCUUUGGAACCAUCUUAAUUGAUUCCUUUUAUUGGAUAUAAUAAUAUAGAUAAAAUAGUACUUUUAGGAGAUACUAAAUAAUUGAGUCCUAUAGUAAUAGCAAAAGAAUCUGAAAAAAUGUGUUUGAAUCGUUCUUUAUUUGAAAGAAUGUUAUAAUGCUUAGAGUCUAAAAAAUUGACAGAAUAAUAUCGAUAAAUGCCUAAUCUAGCAAAAAUUACUUCUACAAUAUUUUAUUAGAAUACUCUUAAAAAGAGUCGAAUCUAAAUGUAGAUCCCUAAUUAUAUUCUAAAUAGAAUUCAUAUAAACAAAAAUAGUUUAUUUUUUAAUACACCUUAUGGUACAGAAGAAUUUGAAGAUUCUAGUUUUAAGAAUACUUUAGAAUGUCGUGCAAUAAUUCUAUUAGUGAAAUAUCUAUUAAACGAUGAAAUAAAAUCAAAAAAGAAAAAGAUAAUUUCAAUUAUUAGCCCUUAUUCAAUGUAAAAAGAAUUAUUGAGAAUGCAAUUAAAAUUUUUAAAUCUCCUUAAUUAUGUAGAGGUAGAUACAGUUGAUUCAUUUUAAGGGAAAGAGAAUGAAAUUGUAAUUCUAUCUUUAGUACGUUCAAAUGAUUCAAUUGGUUUUUUAAAAGAUUAGAGAAGAGCAAAUGUGGCAUUAUCAAGAGCAUAAUAUUGUUAAUAUGUGUUUGGAUCUUAAUACACAUUUGAUAAGUAAAUAUAAAAUAAUAAUUUUUGGAAAAAUCUUAUCUAAUUAUAUGAAAAAGAGUAACAAAUAAUUGAUUAUAAUGAAGAGAGUUUAAGGGAUCCUAAUUUCUUCCAGUAGACAUUGAAUAUAUGA